GCCGCCCCUGCCUUGCAAAGUAUUUCUCUGCAACUGGGCUCCGAGUUUCCGUACCUCGACAGGAGAGAUGGUCACCUACAGGGUCACGGUAGCCACUGGAACGUCAGACUACUCGGGAACCAACGACUACGUCUAUGUCACUCUAGUGGGAGAGAGGGGGUCCAGCAAGAGAACUCUCCUCGACAAGUGGCUGUACAAUGACCUGGAGAGGGGGAGCGUGGAUGAAUACGAGGUGGAGAGUGAGAAGGACCUGGGUUGCAUCUGGUGGGUGCAACUGGACAAGGAGAAGUUCCUGGUGGAGGACAAUUGGUUCUGCCGCUACGUGAUGGUGCGGCCGCCUUCGGGAGAGAGCCUCGUCUUCCCCUGCUACAGAUGGUUGUGCCACAAUGACAGCGUCUGCCUCCGGGAAGGAGCAGCUAAGCGACCCACUGAUGACACACUACCCGUCUUUCGGUCGCAUCGUCAGAGGGAGCUCCAGGACAGGCAGAAGCUGUACAGGUGGAAGGUUUGGAAGACUGGCGUCAGCAAGUGCAUUGAUGCUGAAACUGAGGAGGACCUGCACCCGGACAUCAAGUUCGACAAUGACAAACGUGCCGACUUUGAGAACUCCCUGCACUUGGCUUUAGGGGAACUGUUCCUGAAGAAGUUUGUGAAUAUGUUCGGAAACUCAUGGGACAGUCUGGAGAGCUUUCAGAGGAUAUUCUGGAGAGUCAAGAGUGCCGUAGGAGUCUUUGUGGUAAAGCAUUGGAAGGAAGACUGGUUCUUUGGGUACCAGUUCAAAAAUGGUUGCAAUCCCUGCUUGAUCGAGAGGUGCACAGAGAUUCCAAAGAAAUUCCCUGUGACAGACACCAUGAUCAACCAGUUCCUCGGUGGCUCUACACUGGCACAGGAAAUGAAGAAGGGAAACAUUUACAUCGUGGACUACAAGAUCUUGGAUGGAACUGUUGGAAAUGUGAUUAAGGGGAAUCAACAAUACGUGGCAGCCCCCCUCUGCCUGUUGUUCCAGGACCCCCAGAACAGGCUGAUGCCUCUAGCCAUCCAGCUUGGCCAGCACCCUGGGCCCAACAAUCCCAUCUUCCUGCCCUCGGAUCAGGAGAACCUCUGGCUGCUGGCCAAGAUCUGGGUGCGGAGCUCCGAUUUCCAGCUGCAUCAGGUCGGCUUCCACCUGUGUGGGACUCACCUGCUGGGGGAGGUGUUCUGCAUCGCCACAUUGAGGCAGCUUCCUGCCGUGCACCCCAUCUUCAAGCUUCUGACUCCACAUACAAGAUACACAUUGGAGAUAAACACAAGGGCCAGAAACGAGCUCCUGGGCAAGCACGGUGUCAUUGCCAGAGUAGUGGCCUCGGGCGGCCCUGGCUUGGAUGCAGUUGCCCAGAGGGCCUUUAAGUCAUUCACCUACAGGUCCAUAUGUUUCCCUGACAACUUGGAGGACCGAGGAGUGCAGGGGCUGAAGGAAUACUUCUACCAGGCUGAUGGAAUCCAAAUCUGGGCUGCCAUCAGCAAGUACGUGAAGAACAUCAUGGGGCUGUACUACAAGAGUGACUGCGACGUACUUGAAGACAUGGAGUUGCAGGCUUGGCUGAAGGAUGUGGUCCAAGAGGGAUUUGCAGAGCUUCCUGAAUUUGUUUCAGGAAUGCCGACGAGCUUUAAGACCAGGGAGGUGCUGUUCAAAUUCCUCACCAUGGUGAUUUUCACCUGCUCGGCCCAACACGCUGCAGUGAACAAUGGCCAGUACGAUUGGAGUUGCUGGGUGCCAAACUCGCCUUGCACCAUGAGGAAGCCUCCACCCACCUCCAAGGAGGACCACUCAAUCGAGCAGCUCAUGGACACGCUACCCGAUAUGAGUCAGUCCGCUAUACAGAUGGCAUUCACGUGGCACCUGGGUCGGCCUUUACCCAACAAGAUCCUCCUGGGCUUUUUCGAGGAGGAGUACUUCACCGAGCCGGAUGCUAAGAAAAUCAUAGCGAAGUUCCAGCAGGAUCUGAAGGAGAUUGAGCGACAGAUUGAGGCCCGAAACCAGAACCUCGAACUCAAGUACCAAUAUGUGCAGCCUACUAACAUCGAGAACAGCAUUAGUAUUUGAGAUCGACCCUCACCAAGUCCCAGUCACUCACGACUGGGACCCUUCCCACAUCUCACCCGCUCGCCAGAGAUCCUCUGCACAUCCCAGUCACUCACAAUAGAGACCCUGCCAUGUCCCAAUCGCUCACCUCUGGGACCCCUCCCACAUCCCAGCCACACACCAGAGAUCAUCCCCAUGUCCCAAUCGCUCACCUCUGGGACCCUGCUCACGUCCCACCUACUCACUACUGGGACCCUUCCCACACCCCAACCACUCACAAUAGAGACACUGCCAUGUCCCAAUCACUCACCAUUGAGACCUUCCACAUGUUCCACCUACUCACCACUGGGACCCUUCCCACACCCCAACCACUGGAACCUCUAGUCCUGGUGGAUAAGAGGAGAGUACCCCUUCACUUCCUAGGUUCUGUGUUUCGGAGUGUCACCUUUCAACCUAAGCUGAUGGAUUCUAGUUGUAAUCUCACUCCAGCUGAGGAGGAUGCUCUCAUACGUUUGUAUGCCUCUGUAAGAUCUCCCCUCAUUCUACACUCCAGGGAAUAGUGUGAAUGUAUUCAACCUUUCCCUAUACCUCGGGGAAAGUAAAUAUAUUCAGCAUUUACACAUGGUGGUUUGUGUAAUACUGUUACAGUGCCACUGUCUGUAAGGAGUCUGUACCUCUGGCCCUUGACCACGUGGGUAUCCUCCAGCCGCUUCAGGUUCCUUUUCCUCCAUGCUCCAAGGACAUUCCGGACCUCCUCAGAAGACUCCUUCCAGCUUGUAAGAUAUGAGCCGCCCUGCACAGUGCCAUCCUGACUAUCCCAAAUAAAUCUAUGCUGUUCCAAUUCCGAGUAGAAUCUACCCCUUAAGAUUUUCUCUAAUCAUAUCCCUACCACUUAUAGAAGGCUAUACUUUCCUUAUAUUCCAUCUGAGUAGCCUCCAACCUGAUGGCAUGAACAUCAAUUUCUUGAACUUCCAGCGACUGCCCUCCCUGUCCUUCACCACUCCUUACUCCUGGUUCCCUCUCUCACCUUUUCUUCUUACCUGCCCAUCUCCUCUCUCUACUGCUCCUCCCAUUUCCUUUUCUUCCAUGACCUUCUGUCCUCUCCUACUAGAUUCUCCCUUUCUCCAGCCCUUUAUCUCUUCCACCAGUCAACUUCGCAUCUCUUCACUUCACCAGCCCCCAGUUUCACCUAUCAACCUCCACCUUGUGCUUCUUCCUCCCAUUCACUCCACCUUUUAUUCCGUCUUCUCCCCUUCCUUUCCAAUCCCGAAGAAGGAUCUCAGCUUGAAACAUCAACUGUGCACUCUUCCAUACACACUGCCUGACCUGCUGAGUUUCUCCAUGAUUUUGUGUAUGUUGCUUUGGAUUUCUAGCAUCUGCAGAUUUUUUUGUUGUGUUUAUAAGACUGUAAUUUCCUGUUUUGCCUCAAUUAAAUAGAAGAAAAAGCUUGCGAUUCAAGCUUUGGGAUUAUGGAUUAAGGAUCAAUGUUAAAGGCUAGGAUUUGUGGUUAGAUGUAGGAGUUGCUGGAGCUGGGAUCAGCCAGUUCUUCAGAGAGGUUAACAUUAGGGUUAGAGUCGUGGUAGUGAAACUUUCCCAGUCUCGUACUGAUGAUCUGACUUUUCACUACGCCCAUAGUAACAUUGGUUGAAGACAAUAUGCUGUUAGUACCUUCUGGUUUCAUUCUGUGUCAUACCAAAUUUUUAAAGCUCUUUAAAUCGCAUCCUUCAUUAAGUUUUUUGUCAGUGAUGAGAUAAUUAAUCCCUUGCACUUACAAAAUGAGUUGUGUAAUGUGACCAGAUCUCUCAAAGACCUUUUUAUUAAGAUUACUAUAGAUCUUCGUAACCUUCCAAUAAUCCCUGUUAUUGAUUGAAGAAUGCAUAUUAUCAUUAUUAUUUUAAAAUUAAUGUCAUUUCCUUUCAUUAUUGUUGAUAGCCAAUAAAACACAAUUCUCCAA